AUGGGACGGCCCGCGCUCGCCGCCCGUCGGCCUCAUCUGCCUCGACCCUCUCCGUCCUCAUCACGGUUUCCCUCAAGGUCGACUCUACCUCACCACCGCCGGCAGGUCACGCUCCCUCGUGUACGUGAACACGCAGCGCCGCCUGUUUUCUCCGUCCGCCUCCGGCAGUACCUGUUCCCCGUCUACGCCAUCAGAUCGAGGCACGGCCGCUUCUACUUCAACUUGUUGCGCGCCAGUUCUCAUUCAGCAUCCAGCACCCAGCUCAUCUGGUUCGAUCUAUGUUUGCAUCGUGAGGGACCCAACCGUCAGUGUCUACCAGCCCAGCAAAGCAGCUUCUGCCUCUUUAGCAUCCAGUCAGCGUUCGGGCCCGCGCAUCAGCCUCUCAUGCUCGCUUCCUUCUGGCAUUUGCUUCUUCCCGGAUAGGAUCAC